CGGGUAACAAAAUCAAUGGUCUGCCACAUUUUUUUAACAGUGUAACGCAGUGUUAGCCUUCAGUCAGUCGAGCCGAUAUGGCGACCAGGAAGAAUCUGCGUUUCAAGAGCCGCUUCUCCUCUCUGAAACUUUCAAAUGUUUAAAAUCAGCGGAGUUUGGAUCGUAAAGGAAUAAACCUCGGUCAACUCAUUGUUGGAAAAUAUACACGUGGACAAUCUCUCCCGAUCUGAAAGAAAAGGGUGUGUGAGUGUAGUAGAGAGGCUGACUGCUGACUGAGGAACUGAUCUGAGACACCAUGGUGGAUCCGGUGGACAGCGCGCUGGCGGCCCAGAGGCUGGGGGCCCCAGAGAGUUUUGGGGUGUCUACCCUGGAACCAGGCCAGCGGCCCCGAACCACGGCCCCAGGACGACAGGUCUCUAUCCGGGUGCAGCUGCUGGACGACGUCACGGAGGUCUUCCACGUAUCACAACGUGCCCCGGCCAAGGCUCUGUUUGACCUGGUGUGUGUCCAUCUGAACCUGUCUGAAGGAGACUACUUUGGGCUACAGUACCAGAACCCCAGGAGGAUGAUGGUGUGGUUAGACCUGCUGAAGCCCACCCUGAAACAGAUCAAACGCCCUAAGAACACCAUCCUUCGGUUUGUGGUGAAGUUCUUCCCUCCUGACCACACCCAGCUGCAGGAGGAGCUGACACGGUACCUGUUUGCUCUCCAGAUAAAGCAUGAUCUGGCGUGUGGACGUCUGACCUGCAACGACACCAGUGCUGCUCUGCUGGUCUCACAUAUCGUCCAGUCUGAGAUCGGGGACUUUGAUGAGGUCCAGAGUUUUCAGCACCUUCUUCACAACAAGUACAUACCUGACCAGGACGCCCUGAUGGACAAAAUCACAGAGUACCACCACAAGCACGUAGGCCAGACGCGCGAAUCAGACUAUCAGCUGUUGGAGAUCGCCCUGGGUUGGAGAUGUACGGAGUCAGACUGCACCCUGCUAAGGACCGAGAGGGGAUCCAGCUCAGUCUGGCAGUGUCCCAUACCGGGGUGCUGGUGUUUCAG